AUGGAGAAAGCCGAGAGUCAGAGUGGUACAGGUGGAGGGAGGCACCUCACUGUUGCUGCAUUGGAAGUUCAUAAUGUAAAGAGGGCCAUUAACCGCUAUGGUACAUUGCCAAAGGGUGCCAGAAUUGGAGCAUACCUCGAAUCUCUCCGACAGAGUGGUCUCUCUCAAGGUGUACCUCCUUCUGAUGAUCAUGUUCAGUCAUCGGAACAACAGGAGGACCAACAGGAACAAGGACAACAAGAGGAACAGGGAGAUCAGGAGGAAAGCAAAGAGACACCUAGUCUGGCUGAUUUGGAGUUUCCACCGCCAGUAGACCUCCCUCCUCCGCCGGAUGACUUCAUGGAAGACUCUCAGUCUGCAACUAUGGAAUUUCCACCUCCGCCCGGGUCAGACCGGUGGUUGGGAACUUCUUCACCUGAGGCUCGUCGACGAUUGGUCCAAAAGCCUAUCCCAUCACCCAGAGCAAGGCGGAAGACAGAUUAUUCCAGUGUUAGUCCUCAGAAAUUACCAACUCAAACAACACAAGAUAAUCAACCGACUGCAGCUGAAGGUUCAGAGUCUCCUCAAGCAGAACGAGCGACUCUAAGUAUCACUCGUCGUAGGCUGCGAGACACGGAUGCAGACAAGCCUCCAGUUAGAGCUAAGCCAAAUCUUGAUACAAGUCUUGAUGGUGAUACAAGUGAAGGCAGUCCAGCUUCAAGAUUUGGAGUUAGCUUAAGACACAGGGAUCAGUCCUGCUCCUGUGAAAGCUUUAAGUCCAAUGAAAACCUCUCUCCACGACCUGGCAUUGGCAGUGCAAAGAUUAAAGUGAAGUCUAGUUACCUUGCCAAAAGUCCCGGCUCAUCAUCGGCUGAAACAGAAGGGUUGCAAACCCCCUCCUCUCCUGUUGGAGAUGGUGGACAAACCCCUUCCUCUCCAGCAGCAGUUGAUGGGAGUCCUCCUUCAGUCGAUGCUGCAUCACUUGCUUCUCGUGAUGGUAGCAUAGAGGAGCUCUCAUCAGAGGAACCAAAGGUAGUACUAGGACUAGGGAUAAAUCAUGAAGUUAAAGAGCCUUGAACUUAAGUUAGUGUCUGAGUUGAAGGAGGUUGAAGAUAAGAAAGAGCAAAGUCCAGAUCCUGUUCCAAUUGGGGAAACUUCACCGGAUAGUCAGAAGAAUCCAGCAGUGCAGCUAGUCUCAGAGUUAUUUGAAAGUUUACGCCAUAAGGGUAAUAAAAUAGGUGAAGGUCCUCAUUUGGAUAAUGGUAAUACAGCUAAUAAUGAACUCUCUGUAAAAUCUGAAUUAGAAAAUACUAAUGUAAGAGACAGUAGUAAUCAGAUAGGUUUCAAAGCAAGUUUAAAAAAAGUUAAAAGUCCAUUUGAAAGAAGUAAUUCUGAAAAAGAACAAAGGAAAAUUAAUUUCAAAGCUCAACUUAGGAAAACAGACACUAUGAAAGGUGUGGAAGAUAGUUGUAAUACUGAUAAUGAUCCUCACAGUACUUUGAUGGAUUUUCGAGCUCAGCUUAGAAAGACAAAUGUUGCAAAAGAGAAUGAGUUGGCUGCCAAAACACCUGAGGAGGACAUUUCUCCUGGGGAGCAACAAGAAAAUGGUGUGCAAAUGUUAAGUGAAGUUAUUAAAAAAAGUGACAACAGUGGUAAGAAUGAACAGAGCUGUGACUCUGGAAUAAAGAGUGUAAUGAGUGAAAGUAUAACAAGUAUUCCAGUGAAAAGCGAGACAGUUUACAAGGUGAGAAGCGAGACAGUGUUCAGAGUGAUACAAAAAGUGAGUGAAGAUGAGGAUGCCAAACGUUUUAGCUCAAGUAGCAUAAGUAGUUUAAAGAAGUUGUGGGAGAAGCAGGAUUCUGACAAACUAGCCAAGUCUGAUCCUAAUCAAACUAGUCCCAAAUAUGCUCCAUGUAUAUAUAAGCGGCCAGAAUUGCCAAAGUUACCGAAGAGUGAGAAGGACACAAACGCUGAUACUCAACUUCCAAACAAGACCCCAGAAGAUGAAGGAAAAAUUGCCAACUAGAACGAAGGAUGUGGCCUCCUACCAGUGGUAAUGAAGCAGAGCCUAAACUCUCUGAUGGAAAACCCUCAGUUCCUGUUAAACCAGUGGUGAAAAGCUUCAAGUUGCCUCCACCUCCUGCAGGAGUAAAGCCCCCUCCACCAAAACCAGCAGGUAUAUAUGCCACUCCUUCAAUAAUUAGGCCACCUUCUGUACCAGUUAUCUCAGUAAAAAAGGAUGGUAAAGAUGCUGAGAACAGAGAUACCAAGCUGUUGAAAGAGACUCCUCAUGCUGUAUCAAGCAAUCCUCCUCCUAGUAUGACAUCAUCUGGUGGCACUAUUCCAAGUGACAGUGUGAGUGGAUCUUCCAGCAGCAGUACUGAAAAGGCUGGUCUGAUGGAACAAGGUCAUGCCGUGGAGGCCUCUGUAGCAAACUUACGAUCUGAGACCUCCACUGCUACUGUUGCUGCGUGUAUUCAGGCAGCUCAGAAAAGUCAGGGUUUCACCGUGCUUGUGGGGAUUACAUGGAUAACAUUCCACCUCAGAGUCGGUUCCAUAUGCGAGAACUGCUGACUCGCUUGGAGUUACAGACAAGGCAGCUACGUUCAGCUGGUGGACGCUCAAUUGAACACAAUGAAAAGCUUUUUUUGGAAAUAGAACACCAUAAGAGAUGUUACCAAUACAAUACAACGUUAGUUUACUUACCUGUGUACAGUACAUUAUGAAAUGGGCUGAGAUUUAUUGCUAGUGUUACCAUGACAAAAUUUUGAAAGAAAUUGAUUGUUCAUGUUAUUCUCAUUAACUGAAAAGGAAUAUCUGCUCAUUAGUUCAAGUAAAGGAAUCAAUAUUAAAUAAAAGAGCAGGGUUAAAUAUGCACCGUGUCAUGUUAUAGAUGUUCAUGCAUGUCACUCGGCAUCACACUUACUAGCGUUGAUUCUCAGUCUCUGUGCAUACGACAAUACUCGUGCAUUUAAAUUGUAUACAGUACAUGUUUGAUGAAAAAAAUAAAAAUAAAUUCUAAAUCUUUCACUACAGACAUAAUCUGUUCGGACAUUUAUUCAUUUUGAGACAAGUUUGAUCAUUUGAUAACGACUGCUCACUACGUUACAGGAACUUAAACUAUUCCACUGAAGUGUUCUGUGUUUGCCAGUAUGUAGGCCAUUAUAUUCCAUGUAAAAAUAUGAAUGAGAGUUGAGUGCUUGUGAUGUUGCCAACUGGUGCUGGCCUCUAACUCUGUUUCCUAACUACACCAAGAGUAGGAACAAGAAAGAUCCAGCUUUGAAAAUUUUUGUACAUUAUUGUAAACAGCUAGUUUAAUAGGUAGCUUUUUGCAUGCAGAACAACUUUGGUGUGUUAAUUCUAAUCAAAACAGAAAAAAGUACGAUAUUAUUCGAAGAUGGCAACGUAAAAUUUAAAAAAAAUUAUGGUGGGUGCUUUUGUAGCCUUGGUUGGUGGCCAAUUGAUUUAUGAAGCCGUGGCUUUGUUAUUGUAUCUCCACCCUGUAAAACUCUCACUGGUGUCUGCAUACAGCUGUCAAGUUUGUUGCUAUUUUAUAUGAAUGCUAGUCUUGUGAUUUAUUGUAUAUCUGAAGGUCAGCAAUGUGCAGUUGUCUGAGCCGUCAUAUUCUGAAGAAGAAAAUAAAUGGAUUAACAACGCCUAUAAUUAUGUGUGUGUUAUGGGUGCUUCUGUCCAUUGAUCUGUUCCUGGGGAUGUGUUUUAUGAUCUUUUAUUAUAUGUUAUUUUGAUAGCCUUCAUAACUUUUUAUCCCUGUAAUGCUUUCUUUCUAUUUUCUUGUGUCAUCGGCUUAUUGUAAACUGUAUGUCUGUCUCGACUCUUAUCUGUGCUAUAUAUUGAAAUAUUUUAAAUUAAUAUGCGAGUUAAAUUACAUAUUGUAUCUGAUGCUGAAUACAGAUUCAUGAUUAUUUACUAUAGCACAAGUACAUCACUAUGAUUUUUUUUCUGACAUACAAAUUGUUUAGGACAGUAUUUAUUUUAACAGUAAAAUUUAAUUCAGAGA